CCUUCCCGCCUAGCGUUUCCCUGGUGGCUGUUCGACACCUGCGCGAGCCCCCCGCAUGUUAGGCUCAGUGCUUGUUUACUUAUUGCGUUUGCUUUUGUUUACCUGUUACUGUUGCACGUGCUCGACUUUCUGUACGCGCUUUAGUUUUGGGUUAGAAAUCAGUCAGCAAACAGCUGGGCGUGACUGGUUGAAAUCUCGCGAUGUCUCAGAGUGAUGAGCAGCGCCUCGCCUGGAAAACAGACGAGAGCAGAUCGAUGGAGCAGGGGGCGUGGCUAAAAGCCGGCGUUAGAGAGAGACUCCUCCCACACCAGCAGGUUCAGGCUGAUUUGGUUUAUUCUUCAUCAGCGCGAGAGCGGAGUCGCGCACUUUAGUUGACUUGAAAGCUCAACUUGUAUUUUAAAAAUGGUUUGAAUGUUUCUGACGGCACACGUUAGCUCAGACAAGCUAAGGUGUCAGAAUGCGUGCGUCUCUCUCACGGAGCUGACGUCAGUGAGGAAAAAGUAUCAGACGGCUUCAGCCUGCCGCGGUCUUCAGAUAGCCAGGCAGCUGCUGUACAAACAUGAGCUCCGCCCACCUGUCUACAGUGGAUGGCCCUGAAAGGCUGUGUGUUUCUGGGUGUGCUCAGCACAUUCCGUCCCAGGUCCUUCACCUGCGCCAGCUACCCGUGGAUGUCUCUGAACAGGAACUCCUCGCUCUGGCACUUCCCUUUGGCAGAGUCACCAAACUGGUCACAGUUAGGACCAAACACCAGGCAUUUUUAGAGAUGGCGUCAGAAGAAGCUGCUGUUACCAUGGUGAACUUCUACGCCUCGGCCCCGCCCACCGUCAGGAACCAGCCAGUCUUCAUUCAGUAUUCCACCCACCGAGAGCUGAAAACCGACAACAUGAAUAAUCAGAGGGCUCAGGCGGCGCUGCAGGCCGUCAGCACAGCAGCAGUGCUUCCUGGGAACAUGUCUUCAGGAGAUGGGUGGGGCCUGGUUCUUGCUCCAAGUCCGGUUCUGAGAGUCAUUGUCGAAAACUUGUUUUAUCCGGUGACUCUGGAGGUUCUCCAGCAGAUCUUCAGUAAGUUUGGCUCUGUGUUAAAGAUCAUCACCUUUACAAGAAACAAUCAGUUUCAGGCUCUGCUGCAGUUCAGCGACACCGCUCACGCUCAGCAUGCCAAGGCAACUCUGGAUGGCCAGAACAUCUACAACGGCUGCUGCAUGCUCCGAGUGGACUUCUCUAAGCUCACAGCGCUUAACGUCAAAUACAACAACGACAAGAGCCGUGACUUCACCAGGGCCGACCUGCCGACCGGCGAGCUGGAGCCCGCCGCCUUUGGUGUAGCCCUUCCACCCUAUGGAGCAGCAGCUUUUCCACCCACUUUCCACCAACACACAGGUGUGCCUGUGGCAGCUGUUCCUGGCUCCUUGGUUUCUCCCCCUCGUGUUGCUCUACAGGUUGCAUCCCCUGUUGUCCAAUCAGUGCUGCUGGUGUCCAACCUGAACCCAGAGAGAGUUUCACCACUGUGCCUCUUCAUCCUGUUUGGUGUUUAUGGAGACGUGCAGCGAGUGAAGAUCCUGUUCAACAAGAAUGAGAACGCUCUGGUCCAGAUGAGCGACGCCACGCAAGCCCAGCUCGCAAUGAGUCACCUGAAUGGUCAGCGUCUCCAUGGCAACGUGAUCCGCGUCACGCUGUCCAAACACCCCAUGGUGCAGCUGCCUCGUGGGGGGGCGGGGCAAGAGGAGCAGGUGCUGACUCAGGAUUUCUCAGGCUCCGCCCUCCAUCGCUUCAAAAAACCUGGAUCGAAAAACUUCAACAACAUCUUCCCUCCAUCACCAACGCUGCACUUGUCCAACAUCUCCUCCUCCGUCAGUGAAGAGGCGCUGAAGGAUUUAUUCUCCUCCAGAGGGUACACUGUCAAAGCCUUCAAGUUUUUCCAAACUGAGUUUUCAGCUAAUGGGACCUGGACCUGGACUUUAGGGCAAUUUGGACUGCGUGGUAACUGGUCAGGUCAGACGUUUCUAAACAGGAAUUCUCAGGUAAGGAACACCGUUGUUCAGGUCAAGCAUCAAACCUGAGACAGCUGUUUUUGUCUCUGAGUAUCUGUAAAGUCACACUGAGUUUCCUGCUCUUCCACCCUACUUUCAACUGUUGUAAACAACCCUGCAGCAGCCUGCUGUGGCUAAUGCUAACAACGAACUAAUGCUAACACAAGCCAACUGAUACUAAAUAAGCCAUGAGGUGAAAGGUUCAUACUGUUGUACAAAGACUAUAAUUACUUACAAGUCCCGCAGCAACAAAGCCAGGUCACCAUCAGUCUGUGAUUUUGUAGCCUAGUGUAGUCCGCGCUGAUGUUCGCUCUGGUUUUAGCUCUUUGCUUCGUCUCAGACAUCUAGGACAUAACUUUAUUACUUUUACUUCCAGUCUUUGCCAUGUUACCAACAGAAAACUUCUUCCUGUGUUUUUUGUUGAUGAGCUGAAAAACUAACAACUUGCAUUUACGUAAGUUAUUGGCUGAGUAAACAGCUAACAGUCAUGAAGCUCCACCUACUGAACUUACCAGUCCCACAAACCCGUGGAUUCUGGUCAGCAUAGUGCUGUCACAUCUGAGUUUGGUUAAGUUUUUACCUCAAAAAUCACUGAAACCUACUUCUGAAGGACAAGCUUAAAGAGCAAGUCCCCCAAAUCAACAGUUUUACUGAUAAACUAAAUAAAUGAGUGUCUAAUCGUGCCGUAGACAUGAGUAGUUAUGAUUUAGUGCAUCUUAGUAAAAGUUUACAUUUCUGCCUGAAACUGCCAGUGUUGCAUCUUCAGGUACAAACUCUGCACCGUUCACUGCACCUUCUUCACCACUCUCUCUUUAUUCUGCUCUCCCCACCUACCCCACCUUCCUCAGGAUCCACUGAUUUCCCUCUUUCCUGUUCACUCUCUCUCUUUCUUAACAUUUUUAAUCACAAAUGUCUAUUUUUUGCUCAUUUUAAGUAUGUUUUCAAUCAUUUUCUAAAUUAUUUUUAUAUUUUUACGUUUUUUGUUUUUGUGAAGCGCCUCGUGAUUUUUAUCUUGAGAGGCGCUUGAGAAAUGAUAUUUUCUUCUUCUUCACUGCAUUUGAGUUUAAAUCUGCCAUCGCUAUUGGCUAAGAGGCACCCGAUGACGUCAGCUGGUACAUUAUGAUGUCACAAUGCCGCUGUGAGCCUCUGUGUGUGUUUUAUUUUUUCUUUAUUUUAACAUUUAUUGAAGCAGAAGCGUCAGUUGAGAGCUCGUUCGCUGGCCCAGAGGCAGCAGCAGCAGACACGGUUAGUCCAGAGAGGGGCACAUGAAGCAGCUGGACUUUUUCGCUUUCUUGAAGACGUUUUGCUGCUCAUCUGUGGACCUUUGUCACUUCUGACUGGAAUAUGGGAAUAUGGGUCUGUGAGAACAGACCGCUACAGCUUAUAAGCGAGACUCUCCCAUAGGUAGUGCGACUCGGGUUGCGAAUGACAUCCGCGGGUCCUUGAAUAGUCUUAAAAAGUCUUAAAUUUACUUUUCCAAAUAUAAGGCCUUGAAAAUCAUUAAAAAUGACAAAUAAUCCUUAAAUACAGUUUCCAAAGGUCUUAAAUGACUAAAGACCCAAUAAACUAGAUUAUUUUAUUUCUAUGAAAUUUUUGUUAAUUUUUAGUUAGUGUUCAGCUUUUUUGUGUACGAUAUUGGCGUAAGCAGAACCGUACACAUUCAGUUGGUUGUGAAAGGGGACUAUUUUUAGAUGAGCACAUUAGCUGGUUAAGCUAGUGGGAGCUUGCGCCAUGGGGAAGUGCAAGUUUAAUGGUAAAUGGAUUGCUAAUCCCACGUUCACGACGAGGUUAGCACCGGUUCCAGGCAAUAGCUGGAAAUUAUAGCAGAAAUUUAAUUUAAAAAAUUAGCUUAAAUUUGGUCAAAGUGGCCUUAAAAAAGGUCUUAAAAAGUCUUAAAUUUGGCUCCCUUAAACCUGCAGAUACUCUGGAAUGACCACAGUCACCAAUUCUUGUUGAAUUGUGUGUACUGAAACUCUAAUGUCCCUCUGGGACAAAUAAAGCUUUUCUGAUUUCUGAUUCUGAUUUCCAUAUUCCAGUCAGAAGUGACGGAGCUCCUCAGAUGAGCAGCGAAGCGUCUCCCUGAUUACCAUGACCUGGAUGACCGAGAACCUUUGCCAGCAAAGACACAUCGUUAGACUGACAUCAAAAGCAGGUUAACUCAUUCGCUGCCAGCGUGUGUUUAAGAGUCACAGAACGUUGCGUGCUAGGAUGAUGUCAACGCCAAAAUUAGCAAAACAAAGCAGAGACUCACCUCUUACAUCAGGAAGGAUCCGCGCCUCUCGAGCGUUAUCAAUUCUUUCAUAAUCCGUUGUCGAUUUGUUAUCGGCAGAAGCUUCUCCGGUUCGCGCCCCACUUUUUUUACAGCAGCGGCCCAAAACGAGCUAACACGUGGAUUUAAAAUGACGACUUUUGUCGUCAUUGGCAGUGAGUGAGUUAUAAACAUGCAAGAUAAAAACAAAACUGUUAGAUAUAAGGACUGUUCUCAUUUAUAACAUGUACGAGCAACCAGAACAGACGAAACAGUCUUUGACACUCAGAAGAACAUCGAUCAGAAACUAAUGAUCACCAUGGAUUACUGACGGUAGAUAAUGAACGUAGGCAGUGCGCUUCAGUGGUUCCUGCAGCUACUUCCAGUCAUUGGAAGCAGAAAAACUGGAAUGAGGAGCGGCCAAAGGAGGUGCGAGCUUUGGGAAGACAGUAAUGUUACCAUGGAGACGUGGAACCACUUAAGCAUCAGUUAUGAAGAAUUAUGACUAACAGCAUCCAGCUCAGUUCUUAGUGUGUGUGUGUGUGUGUGUGUGUGUGUGUGUGUGUGUGUGUGUGUGUGUGUGUGUGUCUGUCUGUGUGUAUUAGUCAAUCAAAUUGUAAGCUAGGUCUCCCCCUGCUGGUCAACAACCAGACUACACCUUUGAAAACAGCUGUUUUCUGUGGUCCUGUGUGAUGAUGUCACUUCCUUUGAUG